UAGAUCCACGCUUUGCCACAGAUGAAGAGCUUCGAGAAUUUAUCAUGGAAUUCAAAGUAUUUAUUACCUGCUUUCAUAUCUUACAGUCGACCUAUCUUCACUUUAUCAGCGGACAAUUUAACUGACAUUGAGCAUGUCGUAGCCUUCAGAUUUAAAUGUGGAUUCCGACACAUUUCGUUCAUUGCCAACCGAAAUCCAAUACGAAAUUAUUCAAGAUUUGAAGUUAAAGUCUCGCCAGACUUCUUGGGCUCGAUUGGAUGAGAUGAUUCGCAAAUCAAAGACAUCGUUGGACUUUUCCAAGCAGCAAAUUCAACACUUGAUGCAUAGGAACGUCAUGACACAGCGUCUUCUUGAUGUCAACAGUGCAGUCGGCAAUGUAAAAGAUCUUCAGCCUGUGAGAAUUGCGAGUGAGAGAGGAAAACAAUAUGUACUAGUGAAAAACGAAGAUGUCACUGAAGGACUUGGAUGGAAGCUACCAGGUCUACAUUAUGAUAAAGGUACUGCUGAUAAACCUUUGCUGGAAGAAGACAUUCAGGAAGAAGAGGAAGACUCGGAUGAUGACACUAAGGAGACAGCUGAUGGUCCAAAGGAUAAAGUUUUGCAGGCUAUAGAGAGCAAUCCUACCCUGAAGCGGUUAUUGGAAUCGAUGAAUAAAAACGAUACUCAACGCGACGCUAAUGCCGCUGACAACGAUGCUGAUGUUGUCGACACUGGUUUCAGUGACGAAGGUAGCGAGGACGACAAUGAACUGUUUGUCCAAACACGACCAGAGCAUGAACGCAGUAUUCAAGAUUCUAGCAUUCAAGCUGACAUUUUGGACAAUAUGAACGCCUAUGUGGAUGACAAUCUGAGCAUUCAAGAAAUUAUGGCACGUUUCCAGAGCAAGCAGGACUUGGACGAGAAGCUCAAACUUCAACAUGACACUGCUCUCAAGGAGCCUUCACCAACUCAAGAGACUGGACCUGAUAUUGAAACUAUGUCUGGGCCGGAAUUAGUCAAUUAUUGGAUUAAGCAGUCCCCGGAUGCAUUUAUUUAUGAACAUUCGCUCAAUGAUGAAUACAAACAUAUAAUAAGAGAUGCUGUGUAUACGCUAAGCGUCGAAGACAUGGAAUCGAAGCUAUCAGCCAUCAGCCGUAAAACUGGAAAACUAGCGUUGCACGAUGAAUUACGACAAGAAUCGUUCAGAUUCUACAUAACAAUUUUGGAAGGAACUAUGAAGUGGAAGCGAUUGCAAGUUCAGUUACUGGAGCAAUUCGAAAAUCAGGACAAGCCAGAAAUGGCCGAUGGUCCACAAUCCGACAAAAUGGUUUGGGUUGAUAGCGACGAUGACUUUGAAGCACUAGAUUAUAGUUUGCUUGAAGAACCGACAGUUCCGUCAACUACUCCACCUGGUCAAACCACGAUAGACCAUCCAGCGAAAGACUUUAAAGGCAAGGAAAAUGAACAUCGAGGAAUGAGUGCGACUUCACACCCAAUCAUGCCUCUUUCCAAUUUCGACUUUAAUAUCAAUAUACCAAUACAGAAGUCCAGCUUGUUACGCCCAACUAGUGAAAGUGUCAUGGAACAUGAAACAGUUUCUUCUCAGGAACAAUCAUCGAUACAUGAAACACAUGCCAACCAUGAAGUGGUCGAAGCAGACACCAGCGAUAUCAUAGAAUUGGAAGAAUCCGAAGAUGAACAGUGGCAACAGGUCGACGUAGAUCAUGAUUCUGAUGUUCAAGUUUCAUAUAAUAACAUCGUUCCAAACUUUUCGCCAUCAUCAUCGAAGAGCAGUUCAGCAGAGGUUGAGCUGUUUGUCGAGGAAAAUAGUCAUGGAAUGGCACAUAUUCCGGAGCGGGAGCAUGGUCAUAAUAAUAACGUUUCAGAUAACGAUGACAGCCAACCACAGUCCAUAACAGUGGAUAAAGAAAUUCUUGGAAAUAUUGAUGAAGUUGGAGUGCAAAGUAACGCUAAAGUCAAUGAUCUGGAGUCGGAAACCGAGCCUACAAAGAUGGGCGAGUAUGCUGAAGACCAUAUGGAAGGUAUUGAGAAAGAUGAAGCUGAACACCAACUCAACAGUGGAGCCGAUGAUGCCCCUGAACGUGAAGCUGAAGAACUAGGCAAGACACUUCCGCAGCCUACUAACGAAAUCACAAAUGCUGAGAUGGAGGAAGAAAUUGAAGCAUAUAUUGCGGACCAGGCCCAAGUGUCUGGCGAGCAUGACGGCUAUAAUUCAGAGGAAGAACUUGGUUCAAAACUAGAAGCAGAAGACAGCGAGUACGCAAGAUUUGUUGCCGAAUUUGGCUCAAGAGACUAUACUGAUGUAAGGCAAGAAAUCAAUGAUGAAUUGAGAGCGUUGGGUAAGGAGCAAAGACGUCAAAAGAGAGACAUGGAUGAGUUGACUACACAAAUGAUUGAGGAUGCUCAGGAGUUGCUUCGAUUGUUUGGUAUACCCUACAUUGUGUCACCCAUGGAAGCCGAAGCACAAUGCGCUGAACUCUUACAGCUUUCAUUGGUGGAUGGAGUUGUCACUGACGAUUCGGAUGUCUUUCUAUUCGGCGCCAGUAAAGUUUACAAGAACGUAUUUAAUCAAGAAAAGUUUGUAGAAUGUUACAUGUCGAACGAUGUUGAAAAAGAACUAAGCUUGGACAGGCAGCGAUUGAUCCAGCUGGCCUAUUUGCUUGGAAGCGACUAUACUACUGGGUUUGCAGGAAUUGGUCAAGUUGCCGCCAUGGAAAUAUUAAAGGAGUUUCAAGGCGAUCCCGAUGAACCGCCUCUCAAACCCUUACAGAGGUUUAAAGAAUGGUGGGAGACUCCCAUGCUACCCAAGGAUGAAACGUCGGAUUUCCGAAAGAAAUUUCGUAAGAGACACAGCGGUCUAGAAAUUCCUGAAGACUUUCCGAAUCCACACGUUAGAGAAGCAUAUAUUAGUCCCCACGUCGAUGCGUCCACGCAAGAGUUUGAGUGGGGAAUGCCGGAUCUGGAUGCUCUUCGACGUUUUCUUUACAGUAUGCUUGGAUGGGAUGAGAAAAAGGUCGACGGCUUAGUUGUGCCGGUCAUCAAAGAAAUGAACAGUCGAAAGGCUGCGGCGCAGGCGUCCAUUGGGCAGUUCUUUGAUGUUACUAUUGAUAGACCUGUUCAGCAGCCGGUUCGCAAGCGAGCGUACAAAAGCAAAAGAUUGCAAAAGGUUGUACAAUCACUCAAAGAGCAAGAUCAAGCGGCUAGUAAGAAAAGAGCAAAAAGUGGCGACGAUAGUAAAGACACUGCCAAUUCGCGCUCUACCAAGCGUAGAUAAAGCAGACCUUGUGUAUAUAUUGUGUGAAAAUAAAGUGGGGAAACGGUGAGGUAAUACAAUAAC